CAGGGACUUUGGAGUUACUAGAGGCACCACUCUAAGUUCUGCGAUCUGGCCGCUCCGACGACCUCGCAAUGGUUACUUUGCCUCGGCAGUGCGUGCUCUGGGGCUGCUUGUUGACAGCGGUCCAUUUAGGGCAAUGCGUUACUUGCAGCGACAAACAGUACCUCUUCAAUGGCCAGUGCUGCGACUUGUGCCAGCCAGGAAGGAGACUGGAGAGCCACUGUACGGCUCUCGCCAAGACCCAGUGCCUUCUGUGUGACUCGGGCGAGUUCAUGAGCAAGUGGAACAAGGAGCCCCGCUGCUACCAGCACACACACUGUGAACCCAAGGAAGGGCUUGAGGUUGAGAAGGAGGGUACUGCAGAUACAGACACCAUCUGUGCCUGUAAGGAGGGACAGCACUGCACUAGCAAGGAGUGCGAGAGGUGUGCUCAACACACAUCCUGUGGCCCUGGCUUUGGAGUUAAGCAGAUGGCCUCCCGGACUGCCGAUACGGUGUGUGAACCCUGCCCAGCCGGCUUCUUCUCCAGUGGGCCAUCAGCUUUUGAACAGUGUCGCCCGUGGACCAGCUGUGAGGCCCAAAACAUGGUGGUACGACAGGAAGGGACGAAUACGACCGACGCUGUCUGUGGUUUGCGGCCCCGGAUGCGAGCCCUACUGGUCAUUCCCAUCGUGAUGGUCAUCCUCACCACCAUCUUCAUAGUGGUGUCUUUCUGUAUCAAAAAGGUGGUCAAGGAACCAAAGGAUAAUAAGGCCUUACCCCAUGCUGUUGAAAUGGAAGGUCCCAUGGAGACGGAAGAUUGUCCUGGCCACAACACUGCGGCUCCAGUGCAGGAGACAAUGGUUGGGUUUCAGCCUGUCACACAGGAGGAUGGCAAGGAGAGCCGCAUCGCAGUGCAAGAGAGACAGCUGACCGACAGCAUGGACUUGAAGCACCUGGUCUGAGACCCUGGAGCUGCUGCAGUGGUGAUGGCUUGAGGGCAUCGGAUGACUGCUGACAUUUGAGAUUUGAAAGGAACAAAAACUGUCAUCCCUCGACUUGCUUUUAAAGAUGGAGGAAAAGCUUGGGCAUCAGGGGUCCACAGAGUGCAGCAAUACAGGACCCAGAGAUGUAUCAUGGUGGCUUUCACUAUCAGGAGUCAUAGACGCUACAGUCUAUGGCUUUGUGACUUGUACUGUUAGAAGACACCUGAUUGCCCAUCAGCAGGGGACUGGCUAAAUAAAUCUGUAAUGUAUUUAUACAA